AGAGUCGUGCCUUUGUUGAGCACAACUCUCGAAGAGGCAUCUCUGUCUUUUGUUUAAAAAAACCAAACCAAACCCAACCCAACCCAACCCAACCCAUCUCUCUGUCUCUCAUGUAAAAAGGAAGGAGAGCUGAAAUUAGAUCUCCCACACUCACACACACAUCUCAGAUCCCACUCUGCUGUAGUGACGAAUGAAAGGCUAGUUUUUGGAACUACAUACAAUAAAUGCUUCAAGAUGGGGAGCUCUUCUUCUUCUUCUUCUUCUUCUUCCCUACCACUGAGUCCACUCCUUAUUCUUCUUCCGUUCCUUGUUUGCUUCUCAGCUGCAACAGAAGCAUCUUCUAGGCCUGGGUUUCUCUACACCAGAAACAGAGGAAGGUGUACCCCCCAGUUUUGGAGCAGCAGGAGAGAAGCAUGGCCUAGGAUGGUGCCAGAGGGAUCGACGGUGUCGAAGGUGUUUGGGUCGAGAGCGUUCGAGCGGUACAGAUACGAUCUCACUCUGUUGGAGGCCACGACGAGAAACGACGACGUUGAGAACGUGUUCGCGAGUCUUGUGAAGGAAUCGAGUGCUGCUCUGCUCAACUCGUAUGCCAGAAAGGGCUUUCCUUACUCGGCAUGGGAGGUCAAGACUCUGCUCAUUCAAGCUUUGGUCUCUGAAAAAGCUGCUGCUAUUCAAUCCCAGCGUUUCUCUUUGGCCAAUCAGGCUUGUGAUUAGCCAUGAAAAUGUUGUACUUGGCCUUUUUUUUGUGUGUUUGCUGGCCUAGAAAAUGACAUAUCACAACUUUGUUAUAGGGGUUUUCUAGUGUUGGUGAUUUUGGUAUGUUGGUUUGGUAACUAUGGAUGUUCUAAUUGUGAUGCUAUCAAGUUCAAGAUUAACCGAAUCAUGUUUUACACUAUGAAUCAUUAAUUUGAAGGUUGAACAAGUUAGAGUUCA